GUAAUCUCUUGUCAUUCAGAAAGAUCCUACCAGAUCUGUACAUACAUGCCCGUAGUUCCCAGUAAUUCAGUAAUCUCUUCUUGUCAUUCAAAAAGGAAACUCUUAAACCCUAAGCAUUUGAAGAUCUCAGCUCAAUCAAGGAUGGAUAGAGGAAUUUAAUCAGUGGCCGGCCCGGCGAGGCACGGCGACGGAGGACGGUGGCGAACGGCGUUCAGCGAGACAGAUUGGGCCGAAGGGAUGUCGCUCUUGUGCCCCAGCGUAUGAGCACCACACCCAACUUUAGACACUAACCAAGGUCCUGUUUGGAGAGGCGAAAAAACUACCUUAAACCAGGAGCCAAAAAAAAGGAACCCUUAACUUGAUAAUGGCCAGUAGUUCAAGAGGAAGUGGAUUCCUCCAGUCUGAUCCCUCACAAAACCUUCUUCCUCCCUGGCUGUCUAAUCCAACCACCUCAUCUGCAGUUAGACCCCAAACCCCAUCAGUUGCCUUAAGUCUUUGCCCAUCCACCUCACAGCAACCCUCUCCUGUAAUCCCAUGGCUACAGUCCGACCCAAUGCCCACCGGGCUUCCAGCUCAUCACCCAGACAGCAACCCGUUGGUUGCUGAACUCUUAGAAUGCUGUAGAAACGUGGGAGAAGGGCACCACGCUUGGACGGCGCAUAAAAAAGAAGCAGCCUGGAGGUUGAAGAGGGUGGAAUUGCAACUGGAAUCAGAGAAGGCGUCCAAAAUCAGGGAGAAGAGGGAGGAAAUCGAUUCGAAGAUCAAAGCAUUGCUGGAAGAACAGAGGAUUGCUCUAGACAGGAUUGAAGGCGAAUAUAGAGAACAGCUGGCUGUUCUGAGGAGGGACGCCGAAGCAAAGGAGCAGAAAUUGAGCGAGCAAUGGGCAUCCAAACACAUGCGUCUCAGUAAGUUUCUUGAGCAGUUGGGGUGUCCCCCGCCGAGGGAGGCGAAUCCCCUGUAGAUUUUCCAGGAAGAUAUGCUGAAAAAGGUCCAAUGUAGAAUGUGCUGUUUCAGUUUCGACCCUCUGUUGAAAUGUUGUUUGGAAAAGUAAAUUGAGGUGUGGAAA